UUUGUAUAAAGACCCUUUCCGUCCCAAAACAAAAAGUCAAAAAGAUAGACCUGUCUCCUAUAGAUAGAAUAACUUUCUAGAUUCUAGCUUGACAACCAAGCAAAACCCAACUUGAAUAGAAAGAACACCACCAAGAAGACGAAGAAGAAGACGACUAAAAAUGAAGCUAGUUUGGUCUCCUGAGACGGCAUCAAAGGCCUAUCUUGAUACUGUUAAAUUUUGUGAGCUUUAUCAAGAAUCAGGCGUGGCGGAGCUUGUUUCAGCCAUGGCUGCGGGUUGGAAUGCAAACUUCAUAGUUGAGACAUGGUCAAAAGGUAGUAUUAUGGCCACAAGUAUAGGCUUAGCCGUGGCGAGGCGCCACACGGGUGGAAGACACGUGUGCAUAGUCACAGAUGAGCAGUCAAGGUUAGAGUAUGCUGAAAGAAUGGUUGAGGCAGGCAUGACACAUGAAAUUAUUGUUGGAGAGGCAGAGGAAGUAAUGGAUGAGCUAGUAGGCAUAGAUUUCAUGGUUGUGGAUUGUGGGCGCAAGGACUUUGCAAGAAUACUGAGGCUGGCAAAAUUGAGCAGCCGGGGUGCGGUUUUGGUGUGUAAGAAUGCUAGCUUAAAAACUGCUUCGAGUUUCAAAUGGAGAAUCGUUCUUGAUGGUGGAUCACGGCGUCUUGUGCGUUCUGUGUUUCUCCCUGUGGGGAUGGGAUUGGAUAUUGCACAUGUGGGUGCUAUUGGUAAUGGGGGAAAUUCUGGUUCAAGUUCAGCUUCAGGUUCUGUCAGAUGGUUCAAGCAUGUGGAUCAACAAUCAGGAGAAGAACAUGUUAUCAGAAGGGUGAAAUGAAUGGUUUUCUCUGUUUUUUUCAUUUUUUUCAUUUUAGGUUCUAUGAUGAAUUCAACUGCUGAAAAAUAGUUAUUUGUACAUAAGUUAAUGAGAAUUAAUCAAGAUACAUUCCAUAAAACUGAUUAUUUCA